UUAUGGAUUUUAUGCUAGACUAAUAGAUUGCAAACGUAGAGAAGGUAGAAGAAUCGAUUUCUAGAUCUUCUGUAUGUUCUCAAAACUCUGAUUCUUCUUUUGAUUUAGAAAAUAAAGGCAACAACAAAUCACAUCUAAAAUAACUUGCAAGUGACUAAAACGGAAGUGAUCAAAAAAGAAAGGGUAUAACAGUUUAAUUAUCUUUUAGGUAAGUUUGGCUUAAAAUAUGCUAAAAUUUCUAACAGGUAGAGACAAGCAUUAAUCGAAAGAGUUACCUCUACUGGUUGUACUAUUAAGAGUGCUGCUAAAGACUUGAGUAUCAACUUUUCAACAGCUAAAGCCAUUAUGCAAAUCUUUAGAAGAGAAGGAAGGGUAACAAAAAAAAUAGUCAGAGAAAUAAAAUAGAAAACCAAUAAGAAUUUAGGAUAAAAUAAUGAAGGUAUUAACACACAUAUUAAUUUUAGACAACAUAUAGAAAAAAUCUAUAUUUGAUGAAUAAAAUCAGAAGUUUGUAAAAGUUGAGGCAAUUUAGGACAAUAACGAGACAAAUUUAUACUAAUAGGCAGAAGAGGCUAAUAGACAUUAAGCUAUAAUCAUUCAAUAAUUAAAUACUUAAGUACUUUAUUGAUUUUAUAUUUAGAACCUAUAUUUACAAAGCAGAGUUAAUCAAUUAUAACAAGAUAAAUUAUAAUUAAACUCAAAGUAUGAAUUAUUAAUAAUGUAAUAUCAUUAAUUAUAAUAAAUGGUAAAUUUAUUAUAAUUACAAUAGGCUCAACAAUUCCUUUAGCCUUGCAUGUUUUAAUUUCCUGCAUUUGCUUAAUGA